AUGGCUUCGGCAGCGUCAUCUGCCCCCGAUAACGGACGGAAGCGAGUCCGGGCAGAAGCGAGUUUGGGCGGAAGUGGGUCCGUCCCGAAUUGGGUCCCCCGCAGCCGGAUGCGCAGGGCCUGGCGGCGCAGCGGGAUGGAGGCCGGCGGCCACGGGCAGGAGGCCGAGGCGGGCGGCCAUGGCGGCCACAAGAAGAAGCACAAGAAGCACAAGAAAAAGCACAAGAAACGGCACCACCACGAGGCGGGGCCGCCGCCGGGUCCCGAACUGCCUCGGCAGCCCCGGCUGAGGCUCCGGAUUAAGCUGGGAGGGCAGAUCCUGGGCACCAAGAGCGUCCCCACGUUCACGGUGGUCCCCGAAGGGGCGCACUCGCCAUCCCCCUCCCCACUGCUGGGAGGGGACGAGGAGGAGCCCAGCGAGGGGGUCCCCAUCGAGCAGUACCGGGCCUGGCUGGAUGAGGACAGCAACCUGGCCCCCUCCCCACUGCCCGACCUGGACCCCGAGAGCUGCUUCCCUCCCCGUGAGGAGGGGGAGGAGGAGGAAGAGGAGGAGGAGAAAGAAGAGGAGGAGGAAGAGCGGCGCUGGCUGGCAGCCCUCGAGAGGGGGGAGCUGGACGACAACGGCGACAUCAAGAGGGAGGUGGACGAGUCCCUCCUGACGGCCCGGCAGCGCGCGCUGCUGCACAAGCAGCAGAGCCAGCCCCUGCUGCAGCUGCCCAUGGGCGCCAAGGCCAAGGAGGUGACGGAGGAGAUGCGGGAGAAGCGGGAGGAGCGGGCGCGGCGCCGGCGGCUGCAGGCCGCCCGCAAGGCCGAGGAGAGCAAGAACCAAACCAUCGAGCGCCUGACGCGCACGCACAAGGCCAAGGUCCGGGCCCUGCGCGAGCGCCGCGCCCGCCCCGCGCCCUGCCCCGUCGUGCACUACCGCAGCGCCGCCGACGGCGUCACCGUCUCCUUCCCCGCGGGGCUGCCGCUGCCGCUGCCCCCCGCCGCCGCCCCGCCCGUGCCCCCCGCCCAGCCCUGCGCCGUGCCCGGCUGCCCCAACCCCAAGCGCUACAGCUGCGCCCGCACCGGCCGCCCGCUCUGCAGCCUGGGCUGCUACCAGCGCAACCUGCAGCUGCUGCAGAGCGCGGGGUGAGCCCCCGAGAGGGAUGCGGGGGCUGCGGAUCCUUUGCUGUGGAUACACCGGGCCUUAUGGAUGUAGGGAGUUCUAGAGGGGUCUGGGUUAUCCACAUGGACGCAGAGGGUGAGAAGAGGAACCUGUAGAUCUCCAGUGUGGAGCUCCAGAUCUUCCUCACAGACCCAGAAGGUCAGAACAGGGGGUUUCAAACCCUCUGCUGUGGACACAGAGGCUCUGGCCACUCCACAUGAACACAAGGGACCAGAACAGCUGCAAUUCCUCAUGGAUAUGGUGAGCUCUGGCUCCUCCAAAUGGAUAUGGACAGCCAGGAUGUGGAGCUCCAGAGGGCUCCAGCCUCUCCACCAUGAACACAGAGGGUUGGGGACCCCUGCAGGGACUGAGGGUGGUCCUGAGGGGAUGAAGGAUGUCGCGGAGCUGAAUAAACGCUGUUGUUGAAGUA